GGGGGCGGCCGGAGGAUGCGGCGCGGAGCUGCGCUCGCUACGUCCGCAGCUGCUGCCCGGCUCGGGCCUGAGCGCGGAGCAGCGUCCCAAGUGAUGGUGGUUUACACGGAGGACAAGCUGAGCCCUGCACACCUGGUUAGCACGGCGGAGCCCGGAGCUGCACCUGCUGGCUGGUGGGUGUGAACCAAGGGAUCUCAGCGUCUCAAGCCAAGAGGAAGCAUGUCUAAGAAGAGCCGGAACAAGGGCGAGAGGCCCGAGAUGGAGGCUGAUGCCGUGCAAAUGGCUAACGAGGAGCUGCGGGCCAAGCUGACGAGCAUUCAGAUCGAGUUCCAGCAGGAAAAGAGCAAGGUGGGCAAACUGCGCGAGCGGCUGCAGGAGGCCAAGCUGGAGCGGGAGCAGGAACAGCGGCGGCACACGGCCUACAUCUCAGAGCUCAGGGCCAAGCUGCAUGAGGAGAAGACCAAGGAGCUGCAGGCACUGCGCGAGGUGCUCAUCCGGCAGCACGAGCAGGAGGCGGCGCGCACGGCCAAGAUCAAGGAGGGCGAGCUGCAGCGGCUGCAGGCCACGCUGAAUGUGCUGCGGGACGGCGCGGCCGACAAGGUCAAGACGGCGCUGCUGGCCGAGGCGCGAGAGGAGGCGCGCAGGACCUUUGAUGGCGAGCGCCUACGGCUGCAGCAGGAAAUCCUGGAGCUCAAGGCUGCACGCAAGCAGGCCGAGGAGGCGCUCAGCAACUGCAUGCAGGCCGACAAGACCAAGGCGGCGGACCUGCGCGCUGCCUACCAGGCACACCAGGACGAGGUGCACCGCAUCAAGCGUGAAUGCGAGCGUGACAUCCGCAGGCUGAUGGAUGAGAUCAGAGGAAAGGACCGUGUGAUUCUGGCCUUGGAGAAGGAACUUGGGGUUCAGACAGGUCAGACCCAGAAGCUGCUUCUUCAGAAGGAGGCUUUGGAUGAGCAGUUGGUUCAGGUCAAAGAGGCAGAACGGUACCACAGUAGCCCAAAGAGAGAGCUCCCGCCUGGGAUAGGGGACAUGGCAGAGCUCAUGGGCGUCCAGGAUCAGCAUAUGGACGAGAGAGAUGUGCGGCGAUUCCAGCUAAAAAUUGCCGAGCUGAACUCGGUGAUACGGAAGCUGGAGGACAGAAAUACCCUUCUGGCAGACGAGAGGAGCGAACUGCUGAAACGUUCCCGGGAGACCGAGGUCCAGCUGAAGCCCCUUGUGGAGAAGAACAAGCGAAUGAACAAGAAGAAUGAGGAUUUGCUGCAGAGCAUCCAGAGGAUGGAGGAGAAAAUCAAGAACCUCACGAGGGAAAAUGUGGAAAUGAAAGAAAAGCUGUCCGCGCAGGCGUCUCUGAAGCGACACACUUCCUUGAAUGACCUCAGCCUGACCAGGGACGAGCAGGAGAUCGAGUUCCUGCGGCUGCAGGUGCUGGAGCAGCAGCAUGUCAUCGACGACCUCUCACUGGAGAGGGAACGGCUCCUGCGCUCCAAAAGACAUCGCGGGAAAAGUCUGAAGCCCCCCAAGAAGCAUGUUGUGGAGACAUUUUUUGGAUUUGAUGAGGAAUCCGUGGACUCAGAGACAUUGUCAGAAACAUCCUGCAACACAGACAGGACGGACAGGGCCCCAGCCACGCCGGAGGAAGACUUGGACGAUACAACAACCAGGGAGGAGGCCGACCUGAGGUUCUGUCAGCUGACCAGGGAGUACCAGGCCCUGCAGCGGGCCUAUGCCCUGCUUCAGGAGCAGGUCGGGGGGACGCUGGAUGCCGAGAGAGAGGCCCGGACUCGGGAACAGCUCCAAGCUGACCUGCUGAGGUGUCAGGCCAAAAUCGAAGACUUGGAGAAGUUACUGGUUGAGAAGGGACAGGAUUCCAAGUGGGUUGAAGAGAAGCAGCUGCUCAUCAGAACAAACCAAGACUUGCUGGAAAAGAUUUACAGACUGGAAAUGGAAGAGAGCCAGCUGAAGAACGAAAUGCAAGAUGCGAAGGACCAGAACGAGCUGCUAGAGUUCCGAGUGCUGGAGCUCGAAGAGAGAGAGCGGAGGUCGCCAGCCUUUAACCUCCAAAUCACCACCUUCCCCGAGAACAACAGCAGCGCUCUCCAGCUGUUCUGUCACCAGGAAGGAGUUAAGGAUGUGAAUGUUUCUGAACUUAUGAAGAAGCUAGAUAUCCUUGGCGAUAACGGGGUAACUAUGCCGAAUUUGAGAAACGAAGAACAGGUUGCAAUAAUCCAAGCUGGAACUGUGCUUGCCCUGUGUGAAAAGUGGCUGAAGCAAAUAGAGGGAACUGAGGCAGCCCUGACCCAGAAGAUGCUGGACCUGGAGAGGGAAAAGGACCUGUUCAGCAGGCAGAAGGGCUACCUGGAGGAGGAGCUAGACUACAGGAAGGAAGCCCUCGACCAGGCGUACCUGAAAAUCCAGGAGCUGGAGGCCACGCUGUACAACGCGCUGCAGCAGGAGCCCGGGCGGAGGGCCAGCGAGGCGCUGAGCGAGGGCCAACGGGAGGACCUGCGGGCCGCCGUGGAGAAGCUGCGCCGGCAGAUCCUGAGACAGAGCCGGGAGUCCGACAGCCAGGUCCUGCGGGAGCGCAUGGAGCUGCUGCAGCAGGCCCAGCAGAGAAUCCGAGAAUUGGAGGCUAAGCUGGAGAUCCAGAAGAGACAUCUGAAGGAGCUUGAGGAAAAGCAUUCAUUCUGUGGCCUUGAAGACUUCACUAAGCAAAGAAUUCGGGAUAGAAAAAGAGCUUAUGGAAUAAAUUGAGUCCCUACGGCAGCCCCAACCCCACUCAAACCAAAAUUCAACAGCAAAACAAGC